UUGAUCCAUAAACACUUUUAUGGUAUCAGAGCUUACGCUCUACAAACCCUAGCCGUCGCACACCUUAACCGUCGCUCGUUUUUUUCCGGUCAUCCCCUGUUUCGACAGCCACCAUGACCGGCAAAGAACAUACGUCCAACACCGAACCUAAAUCCUCCUCCCUGCAUCCAGCCUAUACGGUGACCAACAUUCAAAACAAGGUUCGCACUCUCGACGGCACCAAGGUUACGUAUUCAUCAUGGGUAAAGCUUUUCAAGUUACAUGCAAAAGCUUACAAGGUUCUUGAUCAUAUCGACGGCACGACUGCACCAAAGGAAGGCGACGAUGACUAUGAUUCCUGGCAAGAGAUCGACGCCCUUAUUCUCCAAUGGAUAUACGCCACGCUAUCCGACGAGUAUUUGGUUCGGGUUCUUGAAACCGAUGCUACGGCACGAGCCACAUGGGUGAAACUUGAAGGUAUUUUUCUUAGUAACAAAGGCUCUCGAGCUACGACUCUUGAGCAUGACUUUACAAAUCUCACACUUGGAGCUUGUGCAUCCCUCGACGAAUAUUGUCAGAAACUUAAAGACAUCGCCGAGCAACUAGGCGAUGUCGGCUUUCCGGUUAGCGAGCCACGGCUCGUUAUGCAACUUGUUCGAGGCCUACCGUCCGAGUAUGAUGUUACCGCUGCCCUCAUCAAUCAAACCUCCCCUACAUGGGAUGAAGCUCGCACCAGUCUGCAAAAAGAACAACAACGCCAAGCCGCCCGCCAAAAUAACAACCAAUCGGUACUUGUCACCACUCCGAUUCCCGCUGCUACCGUUACCGAACCAUCUACCCAAACUAACAACCCACCCGCACCUAAUACAGCCCCUACAGAUCCUAAUCGGUACUCACAAAAUUAUUAUGAUCCAAACCGUCCUCGUGGCCGUGGACGCGGCUACCGUGGCGGUCGUGGUCGGGGUUCUCGGGGACGUGGCAACUAUAGCAACCAAUACUCUACCUCUCAAUGGAACCAACCCUCACCCACCUAUCCACCCGCUUACGGCCCACAGCAAUCUCCGGCCCCUUUCCCCUCCUGGAACACACCGCCUACCCCUUACCCCUCACAAGCUUGGGCCCCUAAUCAACCACCUCCUCCUUACCCCCAACCCCAAUACAACCAGGCCCAUCUUGCUUACCAACAGGCCCAAAUGCAGCCAUUAACCCAGCAGCCUCCCACCCCUACCCAGUUCCACGACCCGAAUGUUUUUAAUGCAUUAAACCCAACGGACAUCGGCACGGCUCUCUCCAUGAUGCAGAUCAAUAACCCGGACACCUCGUGGAACAUGGACACCGGAGCAUCCUCUCACAUCACCUCCAAUAUCGGACCUCAAGACGGGCACCUUCCUUUCGCGCCAUGAUAGCACGGGGGACCUCUAUCCUCUUACGCCACCUUCAUUUGCUUUGGCC